AUGCGGUACCGGGAAACCACUGCAAUGUUGAAUCAGCUAGCAAUGAAUAUGUCGAUGGCCGAUGAGAAGGAUUACAAUAAGUGGAUGGGAGUACUCAAGAAAGUGUGCAAUGAGGCAAACAAGGCAUUGUCAAAGACUAUAACUAGCGAGGACAGACGAUCUGUACCGAUAACUGGGCUGACUUUGAAGGAGAAGAGUAAUCCAAGGAGUCACGGUAAGGAACGUUACCAGUCUACGAAUGAAAAGGAACGUCGUCGAAAGAAACGUGAAUAUCGGAAGAGAAUGAAAUCUAUUGAAGUGGUCACGCCGGACGACACUGCUCACUCGGAUGGCCAUCUUAGUGAUUUGGAUGAUAAUAUUGCUCAAUGGUUAUGA